AUGGCUCCCAAGCGCAAGUCCGCCGCUCCCCCGAAGUCUACCGACGCUGCAAAAAAGACCAAAACCGUCGACAAAUCCAAGUUCACCGACGUGCUGCGCCAACCACAUCAUUUCGCCCAGCAUGCCGAGGAGCAUGGCAUCGUUCUUCGUAACUACUAUCCACCCGAGAUGAGCAACGCACGCGCACGCGCAUACAGGAACAACGAGAUUGCCCGGCCAAUCGAGGCACUCAUUUCCGCCUUGGAGGAGACGGCGCGGGAGAGAAAGAGAGUUGAAGUCAAGGAUGCAGUUGUCCACUGGUUCAAGAUGGACCUGCGGCACACUGACAACAGGGCAUUGGCGCUGGCCAGCAACAAAGCCCGCGAGGCUGGUGUUCCAUUGAUCUGCAUGUACAUGGUGAGCCCUCAGGACUUUGAGGCGCACUUGAGGUCGCCCGUCAGGGUCGACUUUACGUUGCGUACGCUCGAGGUGCUCAAAAAGGAUCUUGCGAAGCUCGAUAUCCCGCUCUAUGUCGAAACUGCCGAGAAGAGAAAGAACAUCCCGAACCGUAUCCUAGAACUCAUGGGUGAGUGGGGAGCGAGCCACCUCUUCGCCAACAUGGAAUACGAAGUGGACGAAUUGAGACGCGAGGCAACCAUGGUGCGAGACUUCGCGGGAAAUGGCAAGUCCUUUGAAGUGGUUCACGACACCUGCGUUGUACCCCCAGGGGAUCUGCAAACCGGCACCGGAAAGCAGUACGCUGUGUACUCUCCAUGGUAUCGAUCAUGGGUCGCGCAUAUCCACGAUAACCUUGACCUCUUGGAGUUGUUCGACCCGCCGGCGAAGAAUCCAGACAGCGCCCGUGAGCAGUUCAAGACGCUGUUUGGGGGACUCAUUCCGGAAGCACCCAAGAAUAAGUCUCUGACUAAUGAAGAGAAGAAGAGAUUCCACUCCCUUUGGCCAUGUGGCGAACAUGAAGCACUGGAACGGCUAGACAAGUUUUGCGAGGACAGAAUUGGAGGAUACCACGAUAAACGAAAUAUCCCAUCAGACAACGGAACUUCUUGUCUGUCGGUCCAUUUGGCCUCCGGCACCAUCAGCGCCAGGACCUGCGUGCGAGUCGCCCGAGACAGAAACAAGACCAAGAAGCUGAAUGGGGGAAAUGACGGUAUCCAGACCUGGAUCAGCGAAGUUGCCUGGCGCGACUUCUACAGGCACGUUUUGGUUCACUGGCCCUACGUCUGUAUGAACAAGCCAUUCAAGCCCGAGUAUUCCAAUAUUACUUGGUCCUAUGACGAGGAACACUUUGCCGCUUGGUGCGAAGGCCGCACCGGGUUUCCUAUUGUUGACGCUGCCAUGCGGCAGCUGAACCACUUGGGCUAUAUGCACAACAGAUGCCGCAUGAUUGUAGCCUCCUUCUUGGCAAAGGAUCUCCUACUCGACUGGCGGAAAGGGGAGAAGUAUUUCAUGGAGCACCUGAUCGACGGCGACUUUGCCAGCAACAGUGGUGGAUGGGGCUUUGGUGCCAGUGUGGGCGUCGACCCUCAGCCGUACUUCAGGAUCUUCAACCCUCUGUUACAGAGCGAGAAAUUCGAUCCUAACGGAGACUAUAUCCGCAAAUGGGUUCCUGAGCUGAAAGAUCUAACUUCCAAGGAAAUCCAUGACCCGUACAACAGAGGUGCCGGACCGAAGGCAAAGAAGAAGGGGUAUCCGAAGCAGAUUGUCGAUCACAAGGGUUGUCGAGAACGAGCUCUGAGUGCCUACAAAGAUGGCAUUGAGAGCGAUGAUGCGUAA